CCAACAUUUAAUUUUCUCCAUCCUCAGUUUUGAAGUUUGAUAGUACCGGUCUGUGCUUCAAAGGACAUGACAGCUAAUUCAUGAAUAUUUCGGGAAGUGGGGAACAUUAUUAUGAGAUUUGCUUUAACCAUCACAAUUAGAAUCUACGACUAAUUAGAAAUUAUUUAAUCAUGAUUAAUGAAGCUAGCCAGGUUCCAGGAAGGUCACUUUUGUGAUCUAGUCCUUUUUUUCCUUUCUCAGUACCAAGUCUUUAAAGCGUUUUUAUUUGGACAUCGGAAUUUCACAUUUCACGUCCAUCGCUUGAAUUGUUCGUCCAUGCACGAACCAUGCAUGUGGCAGGAGGUAUAGGUUACAUGAUAUAUACAGGCUGUUGGUACUUGUAGUACUAUUCUUAGCUAGCUGAUAAUUCCUCCUAAAUAUCCUGUUUUUCGUCUUCAAACACUUAAGAUUGAAUCUUUAAGUUAUGAUAAUCUAAUCAUAUGGAGGUUUACCAGUUGAUUAGAUUAAUUAAUGAAUUCGUACAUUUUUAAGCUUUAUUUUCCCAGUUGGAGUAAGAAAGUACCCAACAGUUACAGCCUACCCUAAGUGGUUGUAUCCUACGCAUCCUUGAUGCUUUCAAGGUAACUCUGGAACUUAUAAAAAGAGAUCUUUUAGAUAUCAUUUCAUCAUUUCCAAAUCAACUUUAGAACUAUAAGAUUGUUCAUCACUUGAAAUUAAAGAAGCAAAAACAAAAAUGGCUUGCAAUUGGUCUGCUGAAAAUGCUACUAAAGCUUACCUCAAAACCUUAAAAAUGGGAAAAUUAGCUAAGGAACCAGCUGUAGCUGAAUUUGUAUCGGCUCUUGCAGCCGGUAACAGCGGGCACUUCAUGGUUGAAGCCUGUUCAGGCAUUGCCGGAGCAUCAACACUAGCAUUAGUAGUGGCGGCUCACCAAACCGGUGGUCGUGUAGUUUGCAUUCUUCGUGGACAUGAAGAGCUCGAAUCUUCACGAAAUGCACUAGGCCCAAAUGCUAAGUUUGUUGAUUUUGUUGUUGGAGAUGCACGCAGGCUUUUAUUGAACUGCUACAAAGGAGCCGACUUUGUUCUUAUCGAUUGCAAUUUAGAUGAUCAUGAAGGUAUUCUUCGAGCCGUUCAAGAAGGUGCAGUUAAUAAAGGCGCUGUUGUGGUGGGUUAUAAUGCAUUUAGCAAGGGAUCCCGGUGGAAUAAGAGUGGGUUUAAGACCCAACUGUUACCUAUAGGAGAAGGCUUGUUGGUGUGCAGAGUACCUGCAAGUAAUAAGAAAAUAGAUUUAAUGGCAGCGAAGAAUAAGAGUCAUUGGGUUGUUAGAAUAGAUAAAUGCACAGGCGAAGAACAUGUUUUCAGGGUUUUAAAAUCAUCAUCUAUUCAUCAUCAAAACAAAGUGAUAAAAGCUUAAUAUAGUUGAACUUGAGUAAUUAGUACUAAUUCAUUAGUUAUAUUUGUAGGCUUUCAACAUUUUAAUUAGGAAGGUUACACAAAGUAGUUAGGUUUAUAACAUGAACUAGUAGUGUUGUAAUUUAAAUUCCUUGAAAGAGUCGUUGAUCGAUUGUACAUAACUAUAUGUUGACUUGUAAUAUCUAUAU